ACCACCAUCACCACCACCAUCACCACCACCAUCAGUCGCCAUGUCACAGCAACAGAAGGUUGGAUCUUCGGCCUCAGGCCAGAAGAAGGGAAAGACUUCCAUUCCCUCUCCCACUCCUGCUCCCGCUCCCCUCCGCUCCUCCUCAAAGGAGUGCGUCGUGUUCUCCGGUCUCCUUGGGUCUGUCAUCGCAAGCAGCAAUAAGACAUAUGGCACAUCGCGCAAGCUCGGCGCCAAGUUCUUUGCAGUAAGACGAGAAGACGAAAGCAGUUGGCUUGGCUUUGAAGUCACUUUCCCAAUCGGUCAGGGCCAAAUCGACAACGAGAACCUGGGCUUUGGUGUCAAACACGCUGUUGAUUUCCAAUAUCGUCGCCCCGUGGCCUCCGAUGUGCACUCUAUCUGGGUCAAAUUCCCUCGUGAUGGCCUGAAGUUGAGUGCUGAAGACGCUUCCGAGUCGCUUCUCGCGAGAUUCCCAGGGCGCAACAAGAACCACAAGCAGUCUCUCGUCACGGUUAGCACCAAGACUGCGGCAACGAUCGUCGGCUUUGGUGUCCCCUUCCUUAGCUCCGAUGCUGAGGUAAACGGAUGGGUCAACGAUAACAUGCCGAUCGCCGACGGUGUCGACCUGCAGAGUUUCCUCCGCCAGGACACAUUCACGUUCCUUGUGCCACAGCGACCAAGUGAUGUUGUUGAGGCUUUCGGUGUUGAGACGUUGGGUCCUGUCUUCCGCUAUCCGUACAGCGAAGAUCAGUCCUGGGACGAGAAUCGCUUGGGUCAGGAGGCGAGGUCGAUCAAAGGCCGCCAGUUCGGGGGUCAAUUCUGGCACCCGAAUGACCUCAGCCACGUCACGGCUGUCGUACAGGGCACUGCGCAGGAUGUUAUGUGGCUCAAUGACAGACGCGAGGAGAUCGCCGAGAUGCGGCUUCCAGCAUACUUCGUUACCCCUCCUAAUGGUAACAUUGAGAGGUCUUCCUCCUUUCUCGUCAUCAUCGCUAUGACCAUGGAGACUCGCAAGAGUAUCGACGCUGCAUGGCGUCGUCUGUCGAAGGACGAGUUCCCCAAAAUCCGCCUCUUCAACUCGCCGGAGAAUGAAGCCCAUCACGAUGUCUGGGAAGGAAAGAUCAUGUCACGCCCCAACGGCAUACCGGAGCUCAAUGAUCAUCCUACAGAGGCUUUCGAGUUGGUCGUUCGUGUCUACCGACCGCCUUUCGAGAAGGAGGCCGAUCCCUCUUAUGUCAUCAAGAGUUUCGGUGAUCGAGCUGCUGCCAACAAGGCGUACAAGGAGGACAGUAAGCAAUAG